AUGAGCAAGACGUCAGUGUUGAUCAUUGGAGUAACGGGCAGGACAGGGAAAAGUAUUGCCGAUGCAUUGCUAGACCAACCAGAUUUCCGCGUCGUUGUAGCGGUUCGCACGUCGUCCCUGGAGAAACCGGCAGUGGCUGCUUUGAAGGCCAAAGGAGCAGAAGUAAGGGAGCUAGACCUUGAGGGUGCAACACAUGACCAGCUCGUCGCGAUUCUCAAAGAUAUCGAUAUCGCCAUUUCGUGCAUCGAUUUCGACAAACUCCACCUCCAAUAUCCACUGAUUGACGCAGCAAAACAAACCAAUCUAAAAAGAUUCAUUCCGAGCGAUUGGUCGCCGGCUUGCAAACGAGGUGUUCGUGCUCUUCAUGAUGAGAAACUUGCUAUACAUGAGUACAUUGAGAAAUCGGGCAUUGGGCACACCUUCAUCGACACCGGAGCAUGGAGUCAUCUAUCCCAUGACAUCGAGAAGCGGAUAUUUGGUACUGGGGAUGUUAAAUCUGCGAUCAUAGAUAUCCCGGAUAUAGGAGCCUUCGUUUCCCGAAUCCUACGCGAUCCACGCACACUCAACUGCUACGUCUUUUGCUAUGCUGAGGAAGUAACACAAAACGAGAUCCUAGUUUUAUCGGAGCGGAUAUCAGGCCGGAAGUUCGAGCCCAAGCGUGUCAACGAGGAAGAAGUCAAAGAACUUAGGAGAAAUGCUAAAGGUGUCGAGUUUGCUAUGUUGGAUUACGUGCUGAGCCUUCGGUUUCGGGGAGAUAACACGAUCGCUAACGCCAAGACGGCAGAGUAUGGAGGUGCAUUAGACGCUAGAGAGCUCUAUCCGGAUUUCAAACCACGUUUGUUGGAGGAUAUCGCAAAGGAGUUCUAUGGAGUUCCUUCUACCUAG